AGUCUGCAUUCAUUUUUGUCCAGUAUUGAAUCUAAGACUGAAUCGAUGUGUGCUUCAUGUUCUCUGAGACGGAAAUUAACUGUCAAAGUAAUACUGAGAUCUUUCUUCAAGAUCACCCCGUGCAAUAAUCCAGUGAUAAAAUACUCACAAAAUAUACUUAGUAUAGUAACAAAGUAACAAAAGCAAAAGUACUCAUUAUUUAUUAUGACACGAUCCCCCAUUUCAAAAUACUCAAAUUAAAUGCAUAUAUUUUAGGAUUUGUAGUUUAAAAACACAUGUCAAUUUGAAUGCUUUGACUAAAAUAUAAAACAAACAACAUUAAUAACGUUUUCAAAAGUUUUCCAUUCAUUUCCUCAAACACAACUAACAGUUGUAACUCUCCAUGGACAGCCCUCAAAAGUUUGUAUUUCUUACUACAGAGUAAUCAGUGAAGAGAUAUGAAUCGUGGGCGAUGACGGCAGCUACGCUGUCCAUGGGUCUGACAGAUUGAUGGUAAAUUAACCAAUAGGAUUAAAGUACGAUGCUAAAUCAACCAAUCAAAAGUGAGACACCGGGUCUGACCCCGCCCCCCAACAUAAUUAAAUCCACACCAGCGUGCUGGUGGAGGUGUUUAGAGGAAGCAUCGUAGUGGGGAAGUUAGUGCGAGUGUUCUGGGCCAUCAUUUAACAAUCUCCAGCCCGAGAAAAACAAAAUGAAGAACACCUCCAGACGGUCACAGAAGACGUAGGACUUGACGUGAAGUAGCCACCGUCACCAGCGGAGAGGAGAGGGUUUUUCAGCUGACCCGCCGGACCUCCUCUUCUCCGUACGCAGGAGUGUUUGGUCCCGGAGAUGUUUUCCGGUGAGAUGUCUGGUCGGAUCGGAGUCGGGCAGAUCCGGGCGGCUGCUUUGGGUCCACAGCCCCUGAAGGCCACGGUUCCCUAUCAGCUGACCGGCAGGUCUCGACCCCACCGCAGAGAUGGGAAGUCGGCUGGAAAGCCCAAACCGCAGCAGCAGCAGCUGCAGCAGCUGAGCUGUGGCAUGAGGCGGACCAUGUCUCUCGAUGCCAUCAUCGGGCCGUACCUGCAGGGACACUGGCCCAAAGAACCAGAGGGCCAGAGCUGCCCGUCUCGCAAGGACAAGUCUACCCAGACCCCAGACUCGUGGUGGGAUAAAUCCCAGAGCAGGAAAGGGGGCAGCAGCCACAAGCGCUCGGCAUCAUGGGGCAGCGCUGAGCAUCUGCGAGAGAUCGCUAAACUAAAACAACAGCUGCAGCAGCAGCGCAGCAAACCCGCAGUCUCAGGGGGGCACGACAAAGGCCGCCAGCGGGGAUACCCUCCGGGGAGCUGUAGCCUGGGAACUAAUCAGACUCCGCCUAUUACCAUCCCCCUGUCGACGCUGGUCCCUCGACUCCGCUGCAGUGUGGAGGGCCUCAACCAGGAGCUGGAGGGCAUGUUCAUCUGCCAGCCUCUGCAUCCCCAGCACAGGCUCCUCGAGGUCCCAGACGGUCACCGGGCUCCGGUACCCCCGCAGAGCCGCAGCAGUGGAUCUCAGAGCGACAUGGCCACCAUGCAUUCUUCCUCUUCCUCUUCGUCCUCGCCCAGCUCCUCUCCAACAAACAUCUGCAGCUCCCCACCUCCCCUCCAAUAUGCACCGCUGGAUCGGCACCAAGGUCAGCGAAGUAUAGACGGCACAGAGGUGGUCCUCCCGUCUCCGCCCUCCUCCCAGAGUGAGGCAGACGUCUCUCUGCUGAUGCUGUCGUCCCCGGGGCCCAACAAGAGCUGCUGCUUCCAGAGAGAGCCACCGGAGGGCUGCGAAAAGAUCCGAGUCUGGGAGGAGACCAGCACUCCACGCCAGCACAAGCCGGCCCUCAUCUCCUCCUGCCCGGACCCCAACAAGGUAAACUUCACCCCGCACGGGGGCUCGGCCUUCUGCCCCGUGAGCCUCCUCAAGCCCCUGCUCCCCUCCAUGGAGCUGUUGUUCCGCAGCCUGGCCGUGUCUCCGGCGGGCAGCUGCUCGGUCCAGGAGACGAGCUGUUGCCAGGCGACGUCGUCUGGCAACCGGCCGUCUCCCGCAGAUCCUCCUUGCGCCGCCGCAGCGAUGGCAGAGGGCUCCGGGGAGGGGCUCGCCUUCUGAUUACAGAUUUGUUGAUGUUGCUUUAUUUUAGGAAAGGAUCAUUCCUCUUCUAUAACGAUUUUUUUUAAA